CGACCUCUACUAUCGAUUAAAUCCUAUUUUUUUUUAAAAAAUCGAUUGUCAACAGAUCCCUUCGUGAAAGUUAUUGGAACGAUGAGUGAAAUCGAACGCGCAAAAAACUACAUUAGUGCCACAUUGCGAGUUAAGAAAGAUCGUGUAACACUGAAAAUGGACAUCCAUCACUCAAUCCACUCGCACAUCAUUGGAAAAGCAGGACGGGGUAUCCAACAAGUGAUGCGCGCUACCGGCUGUCAUAUACAUUUUCCUGACUCGAAUAAGUACACGUAA